UCCACUCCUGUUCACACCCUCUCUCUCUCUCGGAUUCUUUCCCUCUCUGUUUGUUCCUGUCCUAUUCAGACGAAGCCUGCUGUGUUCCCUUGCUGUCUGUACUGCUGUUGAGGGAGGAGUAGAGCUGUGCAGGAUUGAGCGGGACAAUGUAUGACAGCGUAGAACAGUCUAGGGCUGUGUAGGGCUGUGUUAGGGCUGUGUAGGGCACGAGGGUUAUUGUGCUGGCAGAGGUAGGGCUCUCCCAUGGCCUACCCUCAGUGCCCGGCCCCUGGGUCCUACACCAUGGUCAUCAUCCCUCUCCGGAGCAGCCUCUACAGCCUUGAAGCCCUGCGCUUCUACCUCUGGGUGAGACCUAUUAAGAGGCUGAAGGACUUAGAAAGGGAGAAGGACUCUCUAUGGGCCGGGCUGCAGGUUCUGGAGCAGGCCCGGCUCUGGUACCGACACAGACUGGAGGACAACAGAGCCAGGCAGGCUAACGUGGGCACCAGGGCUGGGGCUAGGGCAAAGGAGCGUGGAGGAGAGGGGGCGUCAUCGUGCCUCCUGAGGUCUCAGAUCCAGAGGGUGAAUGGAUCUUUGGGUAGUCUGAUGAGUGAGCCCAACGUAACCAGCUGUCCCUCGUCUCCAAAGAGGGACGGGGUCGAGGUAUCAGACAGUGAGCUACGGUGGCAGAACACAGUACUGGUACAGGAGGUGAGUGAGAAGAAUCUUCAAAUCUCACUGUUGGAGCUGGAGAGAGACAGACUUUUGCAAGAGCUGAGUGUGCAUCUGGGUGUAGAAAUGUAGUGGGCAUCCUGACUGAAUUAUUUCCCAUGUUUGUACACUGCUAUCCAGCCCAUUUCACUGCUAUCACACAUGAACACACACACGACUGAGCACUGCUUCAUAACUCUUCAACAAAAGUUAUUCCAAUCAAUGUCAUGAUUUCAUUGUCUCUCACCACUGUAAAUAUGUUUGUCAAAUAAUCAUUUAAUAUACUGUAUGUACAAAGAC